AUGAGACCCUUUUUACUCCAAUUUGCCGCAAUUUUCAGUGUUGUCUCGGCUACCCUUCAUGUUAUUCAAAAUAAAUCUACAGUUACUCUUUCCAACGAUCGCCUUGCCGCAGUUUGGCAGAAAAGUGUCGGUCAGAUAAUAGACCUCACUCUUGAUGGACAGGAUUUGCUGGGUCAACAGUCUGGUUCGUCUGGAAUAGGCCCAUAUCUUGACUGUUAUUGUAUUCCAUCCGGUUUUUACACCGCAGGGGCUACAACACCAGAGAUGCAGGUUGUUCAGGGAGUGGAUUCCGGUGGGACAGGCUACGGAGGAGUCAUACUCAAUGAUACCUACACACCUACCGGGCAACAAUUUCAGCAAUAUUGGUUUCUUCGCAAUGGUGAAACGGGCCUACAUACGUUCAGCCGUCUAUCCUAUCACAAUGAAACCACACCGUUUCUCCGCAAUUUGCAGGAGUUUCGAACUCUCUUUCGCCCAAACACGGACCUUUGGACUCACUUAACAUCCAGCGAAUUGCAAACUGCCCCACUGCCUAGUAAAGCGGCGGUAAAAAGCCAAGUCAUGGUUCAAGAUGCGACUUGGACAUUCAACAACACCCCGUCUGAUGCAUAUUAUAGUCAAUUCUCGGACUAUUUUACAAAAUAUACGUUUUCAAACGCUUGGAGGAAUAAUAGCGUUCACGGACUCUAUGCCGAUGGUUCGACAUCAUCCGGGACAACUUACGGAGCGUGGCUUGUAAUGAACACGAAGGGGCCGCUCCAUUCGGACUUGACAGUAGACGGUAUUGUAUACAAUUAUCUUGUUUCAAAUCAUCACGGAGAAGGAACUCCAAACAUCACAACUGGAUUUGAUCGCACAUUUGGGCCUCAGUACUACCUUUUCAACGGUGGAACGGGCUCAGAGUCGCUGGAAGAGUUGCGAUUUGAAGCGCGGUCUCUAGCAAACGAAGAGUGGAACACUGCCUUUUACGAUUCGAUUGCAAAACACGUGGUGGGAUAUGUCCCAUCAGGGAAAAGAGGAAAUUUAGAAGGGACUUUGAAGCUUCCAAAGGAUGCUGUGCGGCCAAUUGCCAUUCUCACAGUCAACGGCUUUGAUUUCCAGGACAAUAGCGCGGUGCCUGACUCGCAUCAAUACUGGGCUGAUAUCGCGAGCGAUGGGACUUUCAAGAUCGAUCGUAUCAAGGAAGGCAAAUACCGACUGAGUGUUUAUGCAGAGGGUGUUUUUGGUGAUUUCACUCGUGACGGGAUCGUUGUGAAGGCCAACAAGAAGACCGUUGUUCACGACACCUGGAAGGAAGAAUCCGCGGGCGUGGAAGUCUGGCGGCUGGGAAUUCCCGAUAAAUCUUCGGGGGAGUUUCGCCACGGCAAUGCAAGGGAUACUACGCACCCCUUGCAGCCUCCAGAGUAUAUGAUUUAUUGGGGCGCAUAUGACUGGACAACCGAUUUCCCGAGGGGCAUCAACUAUAACAUUGGCACCAGUGAUCCUGCUGUCGAUUUUAAUACCGUCCAUUGGUCAGUCUUUGGACCCACUCCGAAUAAUAGCCGUGCCGAAUACAACACGACGUACGACUGGAAUAUCAAUUUCUCUUUGGAUCGGGAGCAACUCCACAACCGUACGACUGCGACACUCACCGUGCAACUAGCCGGCGCCAAGACUGCAUCUGGAAACACUGAUAUUGACAACGUCGGCGAGAGAUAUACUAAUUUGUCCCUGGAGAGCUUCAUAAAUGACAAGGAAGAUCCAUUGACCUUGAAUAUCGGGUUUGAUCAGUCCAGCAGCUGCAUUGUAAGAUCCGCUAUCAGCUGCUAUCAGAUACGUUCGCGAUUGCCCUUCCCAGCCGACUGGCUUCACGAGGGAGAAAAUCAGCUACGUCUGCAUUUACCCUACAAUGCGACAGAUGUAGAGACCGCAGUUCUGCCGGCAACUGUAUACGUCCAAUAUGACGCCUUGCGGUUAGAACUGGAAUGA